AUUGAGAGAGCAUUCAAAGAAAAGAAAGAGGUAUUGUCUUUUGAGCUUUGCUCUGCAAUGCCUGUCCCUGACCUGGGCGAGCCUAGAAUGUCGCUCUCCACGCAGCAGGGGGACGAUGACGGACAGUACCUGGUCAUGGCCAAGAUUGACAACGUCAGAAAUGUGUCCAAUAUCCUGAAGGCGAUCCACUUCAAAGAUACAGCCACUGUGUUUGCCAGCUCUAUGGGGUUUAAGGUGACCGUUGAAGAUGCUAAGUGUGUACAGGCCAAUGCCUUCAUCCAGGCAGGUAUAUUCCAUGAGUUUGUCAUCAAAGAGGAGCAGGUCACCUUCAAGAUCAAUCUCACUGUGUUAAUGGACUGUUUAACCAUUUUUGGUGCCAACCCCUCAGCAGGUUCAACCACCAGUCUGAAGAUGUGCUAUGCUGGAUACGGAAGUCCGCUAACACUACUUUUAGAGGAGGAAGGAGUACUUACAGACUGCAGUAUCAAGACGCUGGAACCAGACGAAGUGCUGGAUUUCAACUUUUGUAGCACAAACGUUAUUAACAAAAUUAUUAUGAAGUCCGAGUGCCUGAAGGAAGCAUUCAGUGAGCUUGACAUGACCAGUGAUGUGCUAGAGAUCAUCAUGUCACCAGAUCAUCCUUACUUCAGGCUCUCCACAUUUGGAUAUGCAGGGAGUGCUUAUUCUGACUUCUCCAAAGAUUCAGACAUGGUGGAAUCUUUUCAGUGUGAUCAGCUGCAGACAAACAGAUACAAACUCUCCCUAUUGAAGCCAUCGGUGAAAGCCCUGGGAUUAUCCUCGCGGAUAUCUAUCCGCACAGAUAACCGAGGCUUUCUCUCCUUACAAUACAUGAUCAAAGCUGAGGACGGCCAAGUCUGCUUUGUGGAAUAUUAUUGUGCACCUGACGAGGAAAUGGAUGACCCAGAGUACUGACGGCUGUAGUGUGUAGUGGAGAACAAUCCUGUGUAAAGAUGCCUCUCAAAUGAAUUCAGGAGAAAUGUUUCUGAAUCCACUUGGUUGUACAAACCCAUCCACAUGUGGAUCCUUCAGGGCGUGUUUCGGCUUGUGAGUGGACAGCUAUAGUGCCAUCAUUUUCGAAGCACUUACUUUUUUUUGGUGAUACUUUCCACUCCACAAGGAUGUACGCUAAAACUGAUGUAAUGCAUCAGUAACCAUAUAUUACUGUGGGACAAGUACCAUAUACCAGAUAAACAUAAUCAUGAACCUAUUGAGAACUGGGUUUUGUGACUUAUGGCUAUGCCAAAACUCAGCUACAAUGUAAUGCAGUUGCAAGGUGAUGAGAUAUAGGCAUGAUUGUCUGAGACACUUGUCAUUUGUAUUGCGAGAUUUGUAAAAGAUUGUGGUUUUUAUGUGUAGCUGCAUGAUCAGUGUUAAAGCCCAAGCCGUUAUUAUAUAUUCAACAGCCUGUUUUCGUGGACUGUACAUGUAUAUGUAUUGCUGCCCUGUUACUGAAGGUAACAUGAAUGAUUUGUGACGUGAUUCUAGACUCUCGAUUAACCUUUCAUGAUUAACCUUUCCUGAUUAACCUUUCCAAACUGUCAAUCAAGAACAUUCAAUUGACCUAUCAUAAGCAUUGUUGAAAAUAAGUUUAACUGGAUCUCUCAUACAUUGGUUACAAAUGUUGAAUCUUUCUGUGACAUCAUAACGUCACAAUUGCUUUCACCGGGAAUGGAAUGAAAAGUAAUGUUGUCACAAGAAGGUUUGUUGGGAUGUCAGGUGUGUUGGAUCCAUCACACCAGCUCAGUCGGUUAGCACGCUAGCGCAGCGUAAUGAACCAGGAUCCUCUCACCAAUGCGGUCGCCGUGAGUUCAAGUCCAGGUCAUGCUUGCUUCCUCUAUGGCUGUACGUGGGAAGGUCUUGCAGCAACCUGCGGAUGGUUGUGGGUUUCCCCCGGGCUCUGCCCAGUUUCCUCCAACCAUAAGUGAGAUAUUCUUGAGUAUGGCAUAAAACACCAAUCAAAUAAAUAAAUAAAUCCAUCACACCAUCCUGACACCCAAGAGUUUACAUGCCCUGUAUAAACACACCUUCUGAACUAUCCUCACACCAGUGACUUCAUUCCCGCAUUUGAACCAGAACCAAACCCAUGAGUUGUAAAUAUUUUUAUGCAAAUUUGUUAAAUGCAGGCUGCUGGCAGCUGAACCAUUUCAUCUUCCAAUUCAGAAGCGCUUAAAUCAACAUAUGAUGCAUAAAUCUUUUCAUGAUUGUGUUGUGCCAGCGUCGACAUUAAGUGCCGUUUCAUAUUUCUUGCUGUUUGUUGUACUGAUUUUUACAGUAUUAAAUGUUCAUCAAAUUGA